AUGGUGAUGUCCUGGAUUCUGAAUUCCUUAUCAAAGGACAUAGUUGAGUCAUUUCUCUAUGCUGCUUCUGCCAGGGACCUGUGGCUCGAAUUAGAAUCAAGAUUUGGGGAAAACAGUGGCCCCUUGUUGUACCAGAUUCAGAGAGAAAUAGCUUCAAUCUCGCAAGAAAAUAUGUCCGUUGCAGUAUACUUUACAAAGCUAAAGAGAUUAUGGGACGAGUUGACGAGCUUUAAUCCUUUACCUUCGUGCAAUUGUGGAGCGAGCAAGAUGUCUGAGCGAAUCGCAUCAAACGAGUUGAUGCAAUUCAUGAUGGGACUAAGUGACAUAUAUGAUCAUGUUAGGAAUCAGGUGCUCUUGAUGGAUCCACUUCCCACCGUGGGGAAGGCAUACUCCAUGGUACAACGAGUGGAGAAGCAGAGGGAGAUACAUUCUGGCGUAACUGUCAUUGACAAGGAGGGUGUUAUGACAGUGCAAACUGGAGAGGCAAGAGAGGGAUCUUUGACAGAUGACCCCCCAAGAAAGGAAACUUUGUGGAUAAAAGAAUGCUGCAUUGUGAGCAUUGCAAGAAAACUGGACACACAAAGGACACAUGCUUUGAAAUUAAUGGGUCCCCAGAAUGGUAUAAGCUUCUUAUAA